GCACUUGGUUUAAACUCUGGUUUCGUUUCAGCGAGAGUCAAUCAUGAAGACUGUGAAAGGCUUCUGCGUCCUUUUCAUGCUGCAUCUGGGUUUCUUUGACUCUGGAAGGACUGGGAAAGUACUUGUAUGGCCUGCAGAUUUUAGUCAUUGGAUUAAUAUAAAAGUGAUUCUGGAAGAACUCCACCAUCGUGGGCACGAGAUAACUGUUCUGGUACCUUCACCAAGUCUCCUGCUUGAUCAUAGCAAGAUUCCCUUUAAUGUGGAGAUCUUCCAACUUCCAGUAACUAAAGAAACUCUCAGGGAAGAACUCGAUACCAAUAUCUAUACAGUUUCUUUUGAACUACCAAAACUAUCCUGGUGGGACAUGCUAAUAAGAUCUAGAGAAAUGAUAAACAAUUUUUUAGCAAUACCCAAAAGACUAUGUGAUAGUGUUAUUUCAAAUAAGGAUUUGCUCAGCAGACUACAGGCAGCUAAGUUUGAUAUCUGUUUGGCUGACUCUUUAAACUUUUGUGGGGAGUUGGUGGCUGAGAUCCUCGAUAUUCCAUUUAUAUACUCUUUACGGUGUUCCAUUGGGAAUACCAUUGAGAGACUGUGUGCUGGGCUUCCGAUGCCUUCUUCAUAUGUUCCAGGCAUUGCAUCAAGACUGACAGACAACAUGACUUUUAUACAGAGGCUGAAGAAUUGGUUGUUGUAUACAAUGGGUGAUAUAAUCAAUUUAUAUUAUAUAUUUCCAGAAUGGGAUGCAUAUUACAGCAAAGUUUUAGGAAAACCUACCACAUUAUGUGAGACUGUGGGGAAAGCUGAAAUGUGGUUGAUUCGAACUUACUGGGAUUUUGAAUUUCCUCAACCGUACUUACCUAAUGUUGAAUUUGUUGGAGGACUGCACUGCAAGCCUGCGAAGCCCCUACCGAAGGAGUUAGAAGAGUUUGUCCAAAGCUCUGGAGAAGAUGGAGUUGUGGUGUUUAGUCUGGGCUCAAUGGUCAAAAAUCUUACAGAAGAAAAGGCUAAUAUGAUUGCAUCAGCCCUUGCCGAGAUUCCACAGAAGGUUCUGUGGAGAUACACAGGAAAGAAACCAGAUACACUGGGAGCCAAUACCCAGCUAUAUGAAUGGAUUCCACAGAAUGACCUUCUUGGCCAUCCUAAAACCAGGGCUUUUAUCACUCACAGUGGAACCAAUGGGAUCUAUGAAGCUAUUUACCAUGGGGUGCCUAUGGUGGGAAUCCCCUUGUUUGGUGAUCAGCAUGAUAAUAUUGUUCGUGUAAAAGUCAAAGGGGCAGCUGUUGAAGUUGAUUUGCACACAAUGACAAGUUCUGAUCUGCUGAAUGCUUUGAAGGAGGUUAUUAACAACCCUUUCUAUAAAGAGAAUGCUAUGAAGUUAUCAAGAAUCCACCACGAUCAGCCAGUGAAGCCCCUGGACCGAGCAGUCUUCUGGAUCGAGUUUGUCAUGCGUCACAAAGGAGCCAAGCACCUACGCCCAGCCCUCCACAACCUUUCCUGGUACCAGCACCACUCUUUGGAUGUGAUUGGGUUCCUGCUGGCCUGUGUGGCAACUACUAUAUUUUUGGUCACUAAAUGUUGCCUGUUUUGUUGCUCGAAGUUUGGUAAAACCACAAAGAAGAAAAAGAGAGAAUAGGAUUUGGUUUUUCUGUUCAGUUUUUUUGUUUGUUUGUUUUUUUAACAAGUUGGGUGGAAACCUUGGUGGGGCCCAUCCAAAUCAAUCCAUCCGCUGACUUGAACUGAUUGCUCUCCUACUCUUCAGGGUUCUUGUCCAUUUCUCAGCUUAUCAAAUCAAAGAUCAAAGACUCACCCCCGAAAUGUGCCACAUGAUUCACAAUUAAAGUUUCAAAUUCUUUCCCAAAAAUCUAUUCUUUAAGAAGAGAAAAUAAACAAAUAAACACAUGGAGUUGCUACCAUAAAGACUUAGUGCUUUAUUCAUAGCUUUCAGUUCAACAAAUUGUGAUGUUGUCUGAGGCCUUAGGAACAAAAUGGUUAAUUUCGUUUUCAGCAUUGAUCACAUUGAACACUUUCUAAAUACGUAACAUUAUCCUGGGGCCAGUGUGUUAUAGUUCUUGCAUGUUCUCUAAAGGAAUCAGGCAAGAGUAGUGCAGAGCACACUCCAGCCAGAGCUUCCCUUCAGGUCAGGAAGAUCAGGAGGCUGUCAGGGUUUCUCCUCUGCCGUAAGGCACACUUGAUGCCAUCAAUUUAUUUUCAUCUGACACGUCAGACUGUGUCCCCCUUGCACUACAAAACACGCUUUUUUGCCUUUGAUUUGAAGAUUGCUCUUCGUUGGGAAUUAAUAAUGUUAAUUCUUCAUUUGGAUUGUAACACUUUUGUAGCUUCAGAGAAGUAGCUGAACUUCGUAAGUUAGCAUGAUUGAUGGUACAGUGGAGUAAGUGACUGGAAAUAAAUACCUACUUUAUAAAAGUAACUAAUGAGAGGUGGUAACGUGCAGUGGUAGAGUGUGUGUUUACCAUAUAUGAGGUCCUGAGUUCAAUCCUCACUAUCUCCCUUAAGAAAUAAAGUAACUAGAAAUUUUAUUUAAUUCUUUUUUAUAUUAAUUAUACUGAUAAAUAUUUGUAAAGCAGCAGCAAACUAGUUUCAGCUGCACUGCAGAUACUUUGAGGGGGAGAGUCCAUCUCUCAGAACUGCUCUUUGCUAAGGGGGUGAUUUUUCCAUCUAAUCACAGCCUCAGGACAUUGCCCAUUUCUUGCUUUUACUUUGCCCCAUCACUUCUCCUACUUCUCUCAGGAACUGUAUUGUGACCACUCUAUGAAGCACAAGACUUAGACUUCUGUUAAAAAGCAUUAGCCAGAGAUCUGCAGUAAACAUGAAGACACAAGUUGCAUUUUCAUACAAAUAAAGAUGUCUCUUAAUUUCUUUCCUAAAAAAAUGUAUCUUCUAGUAUGUUUGCCAGUGUUUUAGCCUUGAGGUCAAAAACUAUUCAAUCUAACUGUGAUGGCAUUACAUAGUAACCAAGUUCAUUAAGUAAUUGCAAUGGACUUUGAGAAUUAUAACCUAAACUUAAGAGAACCAAAAUUACAGCUCUAUCUUAGAACAAAUAUAAAUCAUUUCCGCAAUUUUCUGGUUUUGACAGUAAGAAUGGCACAAUUAAGAGCAAGUUAAACAUAAACUUAUUCUUAGAUGGGCAAUUAACUAUGAAAAGAUAUAGGAAAAGUAUAUUUUUUAAUUUUAUGAGGUUUUGAAAUAAUUAAAAAAUUGUAAUGCUUUAAUGUAUAAUUUUUUCAAAACGGUAAACACUAAUGUUGUUUGUUUUCAGAUCUAAAUCAUGUAAUCAAAGCAGUAAUUUACCACAAUGCUAAAUCAUUUAUUCUGGCAAUGAGAUAGUGUUCUUUUCUAAA